GAGAUGCUUAACCGAAUGAGCCACCCAGGUGUCCCCAGAAAGCAACUUUAGACAGGGAGUGGGCUCUAUUCUAAACCGAGUAACAACCAUUAACAAUUCUCUCCUUUCGUUUUCCUGCCCUUCUGAAUCAGCUGAGUUCUGAGGGAUGAGAAAGAGGGGAACAGCACAACCUAUUUGAGAGAAUUAGAAUCCAAGGUGUUAGGAAACAAAAGAUUAAAAAAAAACCACUUAAAUAUGUGAUAACUCCCCUGAAAGUAUGCUGGGCCCCGAAAUCGCCUGCCUGCCCUCACUUUCCACUUCAACGGAUUAUGAUCGUCCUGCUCGAUUGAAGGCAGUAGUAGUGCCUGAGAAUUCGUUAUUAAGUAAAUGCUUCAUGAAGCUGAGAUUAGUUGUUAAGCUAGUACUUGAGGCUUAGGAAAAGAAGGAGUUUAAUAUCAAGCUAUGGAGGAAGAAAAAGUUUGACUAGAGUCAACUAUAUCUUCUGCCCGACAGGAGACCUGAUGAAUGCCCCAGUCCCUCCAAAGAAAGUCCUUGAAGCAUCAACAAAGAAGAGAGCCUGGCGAGACAGUAUGCACCAGAUACUCAGGAGUUGUCUGGUAACUCGGAUGUUGGAGGGGGAGGGACUAGCUCGGGGCCCAGGGGGAGGUCUGCACUGGGACUGCUGCCUUCAGAGAGCCGGAGAGGCAAGAGGCUGAGGACUGAGAGAGGGUGAUUCUUAGUGACAGGCAGGAUCUCACACAUGGCAAGCUGCCAGCCUGUACUGCCAGUGGCGGCCAGAGCUGUGCUGCAGCUCUGAACUCUGCUCUUUCUCCCCCAGCCUGUGAGAAUUUGAGCUGGAGAGCCAGCAUGCCCUGGUAAGUGGAAAUCCUGCCACUUCAAGACAUGGAGUCAUCUUUCCCAUUUGGAGUGAUCCUUGCUGUCCUGGCCUCCCUCAUUAUUGCUGUUAAUGCGCUAGUGGCCGUGGCUGUGCUGUUGUUGAUCCACAAGAAUGAUGGUGUCGGUCUCUGCUUCACCUUGAACCUGGCUGUGGCUGACACCUUGCUUGGUGUGGCCAUCUCUGGCCUAGUCACAGACCAGCUCUCCAGCCCACCUCGGCCCACACAGAAGACCCUGUGCAGCCUUCGGAUGGCGUUUGUUACUUCUUCCGCCGCUGCCUCUGUCCUCACGGUCAUGCUGAUUGCCUUUGACAGGUACCUUGCCAUCAAGCAGCCCCUCCGCUACUUCCAGAUCAUGAAUGGGUUCGUGGCUGGGACCUGCAUUGCCGGGCUGUGGUUGGUGUCUUACCUCAUUGGCUUCCUCCCACUUGGAGUCCCCAUAUUCCAGCAGACUACCUACUACGGUACCUGCAGCUUCUUCACUGUGUUUCACCCACGCUUUGUGCUGACCCUCUCCUGCGUUGGCUUCUUCCCAGUCCUGCUCCUCUUUGUCUUCUUCUACUGCGACAUGCUCAAGAUUGCCUCCAUGCACAGCCAGCAGAUCCGAAAGAUGGAACAAGCAGGAGCCAUGACUGGGGCAUACCGGCCUCCACGGACUCCCAGCGACUUCAAGGCUGUCCGCACUGUGGCUGUUCUCAUUGGGAGCUUCACUCUGUCCUGGACCCCCUUCCUCAUCACUGGCAUUGUGCAGGUGGCCUGCCAGAAGUGCUACCUCUACCCGGUGCUGGAACGGUACCUGUGGCUGCUCGGUGUGGGCAACUCCCUGCUCAACCCACUCAUCUAUGCCUAUUGGCAGAAGGAGGUGCGGCAGCAGCUCUACCAGAUGGCCCUGGGAGUGAAGAAGGGGCUCAUCUUAUGCCGCCUCCUUCUCUCAGCCAGGGAUGGUGGCCCAGAGGGGCCCAGGGAAAAUUCCUAUCCUAUCGCCAUUAUCUCCCACUCACAUCUUGAUGGCUAAGAUGGUGAGGGCAGAGAAAUUUCAAAGUGCUUUCUCCCUCCCUUCUCUGGGCCCCAACUAGGAAAUCAGAUGGAGCUAGGGGAAUGAGAGUACUUGCUUCAGGCAGCUGACCACCCCUCACCCCAGACUGAGAGGAACUGAGGUAGGGUGCUGACUUUCUUCUAUAAUCCAUUGCCUCAUCUGCAAAUCUCCAUUCCUCCCUAGCUUUCUUUUGCAAUGAGUCUGUUUCUCCUGUACAGGUAUACUUACUUAAAGAAAUGUACUACUGAAAUGAUAAAAAAUCAAACUCUAUUUUUGAAUGCACUAGAGCAGCAUUGUCCAACAGAAAUAUA